AUGUCUGGACGAACCGGCAUUUCGGAACGUCGGUUGCCUGAUCUCGGUUGUGGUGCACUCAAGCAGAACAUUUCGCUGAGGAAAAAGUGCUCGGAUAUUCAUGCGGCACAUUUUACACUGGUGAUGUGCACAACGGUGUUUCGAGCGGCGAAUUACAUUCGUGGAUUGCUAGUAUUCUACUUCCAAACACCUUUGAAGUGCUAUCGCGUUAUCGUUGUCGUUUACUACAAUUUCCGCAUUCUCGAGCUGUGUAAGUCUCAGCAAGGCACUAAAGAAAGCUGA